AUGCUGACCAGCAUUACAGAUGGGAUCCUGUGCUGUCUGACUGGGAAGGCUGCCAGCCUGGUGAUGCCCGUCGACUCUUCUGAGCCAGCUGACACCUUCGAGUUUGUAGAAGUGAAGCCUGGGAGAGUCCUCAGGGUUCGCCACAUCAUGCCCGAGCGCCGGGCGCCAGUAGUGACGGAGGAGAACCAAGUAAAGGAGCCAGAGCAGGAGAAGGGCAGCGGAAACAGCAACAACAGUAGCAGUGUGCACUGCAAGCGCAAGAUCACUGUCUACCGCAACGGCCAGCUAGUCAUUGAGAACCUGGGUGACGUGCUGCACUCGGAGAUUGUCCAGUGCCAGGAUGGAGACCUGGAGCCCUGCAGCACCGUGGAGGUGGAACUGGCCGACUAUAAGGAAGUGCCCACAUCUCCUGAACCCAAACCCGCGCCUCCCCUGUCCAUGGUCGGGGAGCAGAAACCCGCGCCCCCGCCUCGCCGGCGUCGCCGAAAGCCCAAGCGCAUGGUGAUGAUUGACUCGGAGAGGGAGAUCUCCAGCUGCAAGGGGACGCACUCGGACGUGGCGCUCUUUUUCGUGCACGGGGUCGGCGGCUCGCUGGACAUCUGGGGCAGCCAGCUGGACUUCUUCUCGCGGCUAGGGUAUGAGGUCAUCGCACCUGACCUGGCGGGCCACGGGGCCAGCACGGCCCCCCACAUUGCGGCGGCCUACACCUUCUACGCCCUGGCCGAAGACAUGCGUGCCAUCUUCAAGAAAUACGCCCGUAAACGCAACAUCCUCAUUGGGCACUCCUAUGGGGUAUCGUUCUGUACCUUCCUGGCCCAUGAGUAUCCAGACCAGGUUCACAAGGUAGUGAUGAUCAAUGGAGGGGGGCCCACAGCUCUGGAGCCCAGCCUCUGUUCCAUCUUCCAGCUGCCUUCCUGUGUGCUGCACUGCCUGUCCCCCUGCCUGGCCUGGAGCUUUCUCAAGGCUGGGUUUGCCCAUCAGGGAGCCAAAGAGAAGCAGCUGCUGAAGCAGGGCAAUGCCUUCAACGUGAAUCCAUUUGUGCUGCGUGCCAUGAUGAGCGGGCAGUACUGGCCCGAGGGGGAUGAGGUGUACCACGCUGAGCUAACCGUGCCCAUCCUGUUGGUGCACGGCAUGUACGACAAGUUUGUGCCCAUUGACGAGGACCAACGCAUGGCCGAGAUCCUUCUGUUUGCUUUUCUGAAAGUCAUCGAGGAGGGCAGUCACAUGGUGAUGAUGGAGUGCCCUGACACAGUCAACACCCUCCUGCACGAGUUUUUCCUAUGGGAGCCUGACAUGUCCAAAAAGAACGCCGCCAAGACUGAUCCUGAUAAGACUGUUAUAGUCAAUGGUGUUGUCGCCCAGACACCAAAACCAAACAAGCCCAUGGACAAAUAA